GAAUGUUGUAGUAUCAAGCAACGGAUAUCGAACAGUAGCGACGCAAGUGAUGAUGAUUGCAGCAAGGGAUGUCAGAGAAAAACCAGACAGCCAAAGGUGAAGCGAAGACCGACACAGUCACGACAAGUGAUUCUUCCUUCAAGUAAACAUCGCAGCGAAGAGGAAUCCUCGGAUGAUGACAACCCCGUUGAUUCAAAUACUACUAAUAAUACUACUUCAGUUUGUGGCAAAAAAGUUUUAGGCACGAAAGACAUGUCUUCAUCUUCAAAUGAAAGCGAAAGUGGUUCAGCAGAUCUUCCACAUGUGUGUACGAACGAAACGACAACCGUUGUGUGCUUUCCUUCGUUUCAAGAUACAGACAACGAACAAUUAUCCACUUUUGCGGCUGAUAGUGAUUGUAGUGAUGAAAGAGAGAUCAAUCCUGCUCUUGUGAAUGAAGAAGCAGAGGAUGAAACUUGCAUAUCUUUGCUGAGUAACUCCAGUAGUUCCAACGGUGAAGAAUUUAAUUCGUGUGACAAUUCGAGUGGAAACGAUAGCAGUUCAAGUGAAAGUGACGAGAACUAUUUUCUGUCAGACAGUGAAGGUCGUUGUGCGAACUUAUUUACGAAGAGCAUUUACGAAGGAUCUAAUUUGUCUGUUGGUGCCAGUUGUAUUCUUAUCAUGCAGUUCAGUCGCAAGUACAAGCUUCCCCGUAAAGCUCAGAGUGAUCUGCUCACUUUAAUUAAGUUACAUUGUCCUGAAGAGGUUGAAAUAGCUUUACCUCAAACCUUUAAAGAGUUGUUAAAAAAGAUUACACCAUCGCUAGCCAAUGUCACGAAAGUGCGAGUUUGUUCGAUUUGCACAAAAAAAAUCGAAGAAGGUGCCAUAGAGUGUGAAAAUGGACAUCCUGUGGGAAGGCCCACCAAAGAGGAUUCAUAUUUCAUUGAAGUACCCCUGGAACCGCGUGUCGCUGGUCAAUUAAUUUAUGAC